UAGAUAACCUUCACGUCGAUGUUGUCAAAAUUUUUGCCAUGGACCUGUGACCAUUUGUUUACAAAAUGCACGUAAGCCGUCUCGACGUGCUCUACCGAAAGUUGUUGCUAACGAAAUUUUUCACCAAAGGAUGGGGCUCGCCAGAUAAUUUAAUAAGGUUAUUCGAAUUCAGGAAAAUAAUAUCUAACAGAGACAAAUGUUAUCAAUUAGUACCGAAGUACUACCCCAUAACCAUCAUCAACGAACAAAAAAGGUCAGACUGUCGGAUAAUAGAGGGCAAGUUUCGGAGCCCGUUCGCCCUUCAUUUACCCAACAUUGUAUCACCGGAGGUCCAUGAUGCCUACUUCCAGAUGGUGCUACCGCUCAAAUGGAACAACGACAACUACAAACCUAUGUGCAUUCAUCUUGCCGGCACAGGAGAUCAUUACUUUUGGAGGAGGCGGAACAUUAUGGCAAUGCCCCUGUUGAAGAAAGGGAUAGGUGCAAUUAUACUAGAGAAUCCGUACUAUGGGUUAAGAAAACCUAAAACUCAGAUCCGAUCCAGUGUGCAUUAUGUGUCUGAUAUAUUCGUAAUGGGUGGAUGUUUGAUUCUCGAGUGCUUGGUGUUGUUGAACUGGUGUGAAUCAUUAGGCUUUGGACCACUUGGUGUAACUGGAAUUUCUAUGGGUGGCCACAUGGCUUCACUAGCUGCAUCAAACUGGCCCAAACCCCUAGUGCUAGUUCCUUGCUUAUCAUGGUCCACCGCUUCAUCAGUUUUCACAGAGGGAGUUAUGAGCGAGUCAAUCGAUUGGGACAUGCUGCAAGAUCAGUAUUAUUCCGACGCCAAAUACAGCAAAACCUUGUCCAAGAUCUGCAAAAUAGUCGACGACCCGUUCGCUUGCAGCCUAAUGAGGUCACCAGAGUUGACUGCCAACUUUGAGGAGUGCAAAAACAGUUACGUGACCCCCUACGAGAUGAUGAGCAUCAUAAAAACGGGAGAAAUGUGCUCGGAGGUGGCCUACAAACCGUCCUUAGUUGCUAAAGUCAAUCCGGUGAAGAAUUUGCUCAAAGACACCACGUUUGCGCUGAGCAAACGUGCCAACGACAUGAAACAACGUGACAAAGAGGCCUUGUGGUUUAUGAGAGGGAUGAUGGAUGAGUGCACCCAUUUGAAGAACUUUUCGGUACCGGUAGACACGUCCUUAAUUAUAUCGAUUUGUGCUCAGGCCGACGGUUAUGUUCCUAGACAAGGGGUUAGCAGGCUGGAAGACAUUUGGCCCGGUGCCACCGUGAACUAUGUGGAAAGCGGCCACGUCGGAGCGUAUAUUUGGUACAGGAAAUUGUUUAGAGAUUCCAUCCUAGAAGCGUUCAACAGGGCCAAACGGAAAGUGGAUCCGCCAAACCCCAGUCUGUUAGAGAUUUAAAUAGAUUUACAGUAUUUUAUACCUAAGUGCCUUCUAACAUCGGUACCUGCUGAGCACAAACAAGCUAUUCAUGUGAUAUUUUGUAAAUAAAUAAACAACAUACAGUCUCAAAGUUGUGUUUUAAUUUGUGUAGAAUCGGAUUUAAAUGAGAAGCUGAGAAAUGUACAAACUUCUGUAUCAAUAAAUAAACGUACAAACUAUGAA